AUGCGAUGCGCGAGCAAGGCCGCCGAGAGCGCGUCCGCACGUCUCUGUGCGGACGCCGAAGCAGAAACUACAGCAACUGAUGUCCCAUCGGUUGCUGAAUCGACUCAGCCUGUAUCAACUGGUGAUGCAGGCGCUGGUCAUGAAGACACUCGUGUCUUCACAGAGUACGAGCUCGGUGUCUCGUACUCUCCUGAUACGGAUGACGGAUCCGUAUCGACGGCAAUUGAAUCCAAGCCGCCUGCCAAGCGUGGCAUGGAUGAUGCUACACGUCGCAGCAUCUUUGGUUCAUCUGAUGAAUCAGAUGAACCAUCGCCGAAGCGAAGGCGCUCGAGAUCGCGAGACUCGGGCGCUAAUAGUGGUGUCGUUUCUCCAAUGGACACCACUUCACAGCGAGGUGCCAGUACUUCUGUCGGCACGUCGCAGGAAGAGCGGGACCGCAAUGUGUUGCGUCUCGCUCCUGAGAAGAAGGCAUGGAUGCCUCCUAAAUCUGUCAUGGAUCACUUGUCGGCGACGACGAGUGAUCGUUAUCGAACACGAUUGUUCGAUUCGUCAAGGAUUCAUCACCUUGACCCCAGCGCGAAAGACUAUCGCGCUGAACAUGAGUUCUUCAUCGAUGCUUUCUUCAGACAUCGAUGGUACAGUGGGAAUCACAAACGUGAUGGUCCCUCACUACUUCAGGCGUGGAACGCCUACAUCCAUAAUCUCGAGGAUGUAGGUCGUGACGCUUGGAACGACAAACUUAUCAAAGCUCGUGAUAAGUUUGAAAAGCGAACCCCGACAGGUGCACGCUAUAAGCUGCAUCGUCUGUAA